CUUUUAAAUCAGGUCUACUCAGCGCUCGGGUUCUGCGUGACAGGAUGCUCCUGCACUGAGGACGGCGCUGGAAGGUCUUUAUUGUGUAUGGAAAGUGCUUUAGGAUCAGUUCCUGAGAAUCUGCCUGGAGAUUUCAUAAAAAUCAGAAUUGAGAAUUCACACCUCACAGAAAUACCACAAAGAGCUUUUUCCACAGCCAGUGCCUUGGAAUCUCUGUGGCUGAACUUUAACACCAUCACGCUGAUGAACGUGAAGAGCCUUGAAGGUCUGUCUAACCUGACUGAGCUUCGGCUGGAAGGGAAUAAACUGAGGAGCGUGCCGUGGACGGCCUUUCAGGAAACGCCGCAACUCAGAAUCCUGGAUUUAAAACACAACCGGUUGGACGUGUUGCCAGAGUUCGCGUUACGCCACCUUCCCUCGCUGACCUAUUUAGAUUUAUCCUUCAAUCAGCUUACAGUGAUCUCCCCGGAUGUUUUCCUCAACUGGCCUCGCUAUCAGGGACGAAAGCACAGCAGGAUGAAGGAGAGCGAUGCUAAUGUGGUCUUAGCACUGCACGAUAACCAGUGGAUGUGCGACUGCCGACUCAAAGGCUUCAUCGACUUCGUCAAAUCCGUCAGUCCGCCAAUCAUCCUGAUGAACUCGUACCUGUCCUGCUCUGCCCCGAAGUCCAAAGCCGGGAAGUUUUUCCAUGAAGUUGAGCUGAGGAAUUGUCUGAAGCCAGAAAGCUCUACGCCCGAUGCUAACGUCACGGCGACGUUAGGGUCCAACACGACGCUGAGGUGCAUAGUGAAGGCGAGACCUGAUGCCGUGGUUCGAUGGAGCUACAGUUUGAAAGCCGUCAGAGGUUUCACAGUUUCUCAGUCUCAGGUGAACGAGGAUACAAUCAUCUCGGCUUUAAUAAUCCCGUCAGUGCGCUCGUCCGAUCACGGCCUCUACAAAUGCAGUGCCAGCAACUUCAUCGGGAAUUCCUCCGCUAGCAUCCAGCUCAACGUCCUGCACUAUAAUGCUACCUUUGCGAUGUCCCCCGGCUUUCCUCUGCCUUCCGUUAAUGAAAACAUCUACAUCGAUAUACGAAUUGCCAAGCAGACAGUGUAUGGUAUAACCAUUGAGUGGUACGCAGCAACAGAGAAUCCUUCCGAAACCUGGUUCACUAUCCAUUUUGGUCGCUACGAUUCUCCAAAGAAAGAGGCUUUGUACGUCGGCCCAGGCAUCAACAAGUACUCUGUGAAUGAUCUGGAACCAGCUACCAAGUAUGAGGUGUGUGUGUCGCUGAAGAAUCAGUCACCUCGUCCGGAGCAGUGUAUUGUGUUCGUGACAGGGAGCAGCACAAAUGAACUGGAGCAGCGCGAGCGACUCAUCCACAUCAUCGUGAUUGUUUGUGCCAUGGUUCUAGCGGUUCCUGCCGGAAUGUUCGCCUGCACCACCAACACCAGGAUCAGCUGCUUGGAUCGCUGCACUCAGAUCUGCAGCAGAAAUCAGGAAAAGAGGGAAGCAAAGGACUCGCAGGAAAACGACAGGCAGGGAACGUUCGACAGCCUGCAGGCGGCCAGCGACGAAGGACUUUACAGAGACCCAGGGAAAGAGCGGAAGUGGAGACGGCGCUCGGAGGACAGAGUGCAGAAGGGUAACAGUGCACAGCUCUACUGA